UACGUAGUUUAAGGCCAGUGAAAGGCUUUCUGCUGAUCCAACCCUAACUGUCGGCGUUUUUAUUUUUCUCUCAACAUGGCAGAUAAAGAUAAACUGGAUUUGGUCCAUCGGGACGCGAUUCACGUCGAGCGGGUCCGGAAAGAGCAAAGACACCAGAAGCUCCACACGGAGUUCAGCAUCAACCCCCACAGGAAAUUGCAUGUACUGCCAGACAAACCCAUGUGUAGGAGAACGACGGAAGAGAUUCCAGAGGACGAGGAUUUCAUCAAGGCUUUCCGCAAGGCCCACGAAGUUCCUACCAAGAAGUAUUCUAUGCCACUCACUGAGAGCCAGGAGAUAGGAUGGAUGUCGACUCCACUGGUCCCGGAGUCCCGCCAAGACACCAGAUUCAAUUUCUUCCGAUUUAUGACAGACGUCACCAAACACCAUGAAUUUGGCCAAAGAACACAAAAUUAACCCCCCCCCCCACACA